UGUGACGUUAUUACUUUUCACAGCUGAUUACUUCAGUGCAUUCUGCUCUCUGUACUUUAUGAUGUGUAGUACAGAAAUUGAAUGAAGUAGGCUAUCAAAGGUGAAGUGAACUGAACAAGACAGACGACAAUCGACAACCUGCCGUGGAAGAGCUCGGUUGUGUGAAAGAAGUGUGUGAUCUUGAAUUUCAGUUUAUAACUCGGAUUUCAACAUGAUUCGAUGUUGUGUAGGGAAACUCAGUUCAGUUAUUUACAUCCUAGUAUUUUUUCUGGUUUCUUUUUCUGACCAGAAAUCGAUUUUAGCGCCAGAAAGACAGAAAAUGUAUCAGGAUGUUGUUUCCGGAUUGGGUCUUUACAACAACUUCAAGGAGAUAACAGAACUGACACCUAUAAAUUUUAAGGACUUAGUUUAUAGCAAAGAGUCACCGAAACUGUGGAUUGUUGAGUUCUACAAUAGUUGGUGUGGGCACUGCCAUAGAUUUGCUCCAAUUUACAAGAGUUUUGCCGUAGAAACCUACGAUUGGAGAGAAGUGGUCGGCAUAGGCGCAGUGGACUGUGCCAACGACAAAAACAACCAGCUAUGUCGCGACUACGAAAUCAUGGCCUACCCGAGUCUCAAGAUCUUCCCUGUCCAUUCGCCCGACACAUUCCUGGGAGACGACUGGCAGAAAGGACACGUAGACGACAUGGUAACCGCACUCGUCAAGGAGCUCGAAACCGAACAGUACUCGGGCUACUCCAAGAAGAACCUCAACCUCAAACCUUUCAACGAAUCCGACCUCAAUCUGUUGUGGUUCAACGUUCCUCCCACUGUCAAAUACACGUUCCUUGUAGUACAGGACGAGACCAAUGUGAGUUACAAUUUAGGCUCAGAGGUUGCUCUAGAUCUUCUCCCUGUGAAAGAAUCACAGACAAGGACGGUUUACACCAGCAACAAGGGCUUGAUGUUGACUCUACCCACCACUAUCACCCCUAACGUUUACGCAGUCAACAGAUCCAACAACCAUGUAGAAAAUCUACAACUGGAGGAUGCAACAGUGAAAGGGAUUAUCGAUAAAGUUGUUGCGUUCCUGAAGGCAAACGGUAUCAACGCUUCACUCACUGAAAAGAAGGAUGUGAGCGAUUUCGAGUUUGAUUUCUAUCAAGCUAAACGAGUCAUGGAGAGUUUGGAGGAAAUACGCAAGAAAUUGGACAAGAAAAACUUGUCCGACGUGAUUUUCCAGGUUGAUUUGGAAAGUGCGUUGCAGUAUUCGUUGUACCAUGAAAUUGGAAACAAGAAGGAUAUUGUGGGUGAGAAAAUGGAAGCUUUGAAGAACUAUCUGGCGGUGUUGGAAAAGUAUUUCCCGUUCGGUAAAGAGGGUAAAACGUUUUUGUCCAACUUGAAAAACGACAUGAUGGGUAGAGAUGCAAUCAAAGGUGACAAUUUCACCAUCAUUUCUAAACAGUAUGAAAACAACUCACAUGCCCCAUUCUUGACUAAACAGGAUUGGAUAGGGUGUAAGGGGAGUCAGGCACACUUCAGAGGGUACCCUUGUGGCUUGUGGACCAUGUUCCACAUGUUAACAGUGCAGGCGAACCUUAGGGAACGAGAUGCACCAUCCAGUAGCGAUCCACAGGAAGUUUUGAAGGCCAUGACAGGGUACAUCACAUACUUCUUCGGGUGCACAGAUUGUUCGGAGCACUUCCAAACGAUGUCGCCAACAAUGCCGGGUAAUGUGAGCAACCAUGACGACAGUGUGUUGUGGCUGUGGAAGGCACACAACUCGGUCAACCAGAGGUUGGCGGGUGAUGUAACCGAGGAUCCUGAACACCGGAAGGUGCAGUUCCCGUCGGCGCAGACUUGUGCGGCUUGCCGAGAUGAUAACGGGGAAUGGGUGUCCGAGGAAGUGUUGAGGUUCCUGAGAAGGAUGUACUCGAACAUCUCCUACAUCCAGUGGAGCGAUCUGCUGACAACGCCGCAACCUUCCACGACCACAGAACGAACUCCGGCUGAGUCGCCCUACUCGAAAAGACUGAGGCACGAAACUGUUGGCCACGAGAACGGGUUUCUGUCUCACAACGGCAACUCGUCCAAUAGCAGAUCCACGUGGGAUUUUAACCUUUUCGACAUCAGUCUUUGUGUAGUUCUGUACGUCAGCUCGGUCGUCAUUCUGUUUAUGGUUUGUGUUAAGUUUGUCGUGCGCAAAGGAUAUAGGAAGAAGCCGUAUUCGUUUGAUGCUGGGCAUGGCAAGGUUUAAUUGAAAAACCUCGUGUUUCUGACACAUUGCUUAGGCACGGCAAGGUUUAAUUCAAGAACCUCGUGUUUCCAACAAGAUACUUUGGCAUGGCAAGGUUUAAUUGAAGAACCUCGUGACCAAGAUACUACUACCAUUCCUGAUAAUAUACUGCUCAAGACAUUAUAUAGAUAGUUCUUCAAACUAGAACUACUACCUGUUCACAAAACGUUUCUCCCUAUAUUCAACAUAAUGUAGAUAGAUAGAUGGUGAUAUAAUCUACCGGUUUAAAAAACGUGUCUCCCCUUAGGUGUAAAGAUAGGUAGUGAUUUAAAUUACAAUUCACAAAAUGUAUACUCUCUAUAUUCAAAAUAGGUAAAUAGAUAAGUAGUGAUUCAAACUACAAUUAUUAGGGUACUACCUGUUCAUUAAACGUUUCCUCCCCAUAUUUAACAUAGGCCAAAGAUGAUGUUUUAAUUUUUGAUUAAUAACUUAUAUUAUACCUUUCUCCACAUAGUCAACUGAUGUUAGUUUGCAUCAAGCUAUAUCGAUUUUAAUCGUUGAUCAGUGCAAUACUAAGGCCUGGUUUCUAGGACAACUGUUUGUUUAAUGGUCUAUUAGGUUUAAUAAGUGUCUUACAAAACCGGGCGGGCCUGUGUCGGGUCUUAUGCACAUUCUAGGUUCAAUUCUAAUCUGAGAUCACAUGAAAUAAUCGUUUCAGAUAUCAUGUGUACAUUUCGUGCAUAAAACACCAUAUGAUACAAUAUGGUUUAAACUUAGAUGGUGCAUGCAGUCCCUAUUAUUCAAAUCAGUUGACCUGGGUUGGAGUUGCCCAGAUUCUGGAUUAAACUUUAACUUGCGAUUAGAAAUUAAGAACAAAGUUAGACGGUCUUGUAGAAUUCUAAUCAAGUUUUAAUUUUUUAUGAUUUUAAAUUUAGAACAACUUACUUCACUUAUUGAACUCAAACCAAAUAUGGUGUUUUAAUGUGUGAUUAAAAAUCUACCCGAAACAAUUUCUGAAAAAUUCAACCUAGUUUGUGGGAGUAUUUAUAGCUUUUUAUUUUAAUCUCUGAUCCAAAAUACACAAUAGUCCACAGUUCACAACUAUUAUAGGAAAGGUUUAGGUCAUUUAUUUCAUUCUUUCACUGGAUAUAUCGUUAGAACUAUCCUCAUUCCAUGAACUGCAACCAAUGUUUGAAAGGUUUUUGUACAGAAUUUAUGGCCUAACUUGUUUCCAUGCUAGUCUAUAAAAUGAUACCAAAAGACAUGAAUACGAAUGUGUUAGUGUGUUAUGAAAAGCGUGUGAAUGUUUCUUGAUAUUGUUAGGCAUUUUUAUCCACUUUAUUGCAUUUAUUCGGGCUCAAUAAUACAAGCUAAAUGAUCAAAAACUAUGACUAUAUCGUCUAUAAAUUGUCACGGUUGAAUUAUUCCUUAAAAUAAUAAUUAUUGCCAACAUUCACUAGGAUAAAAUUUUGUUCACAUUUAAUGAGAUGAUUCAAGUCUUGAGUUUUCAAUUCAAUUUUUUCCCAGACUCGUAGAUAUUGUUUUAGAAGAUGAUAAUUUAAACUUAAUUUAAAAAAAGAAUGGAAUAUUUGUGUACUUUUAUCACGUUUUAAGAGGAUUGGAUUGUAAUGUACUAAAUCUUCUGUUUUAGUUAUUAACUUUAUUAGUUAUAGUACAAUCCUAGUUUAAAUAUUUUUUAUAGAUAAAACAAUCAGUCAGUUUAUAUUGAUGUUCACUGGAAUAGAAUAUGAGUAAUUCAAUCAACUUAUUCGGCUUGAGUCUUUUAUUCUAUUGAAGUCAUGAGACUACCUUACAUCAAUCAAUAUCUAUCCAUAACAGAAUAGGAUACGGCAUUAAUAAAUUGUCAAAACUUAUCCAACCCCUCAGUCUAUUACAGCCUCCGAUCUUUUACUUGGUUUCUUUUAUGUAGAUAAUUUUUGUUUUUAAAUGUAAAUGUUUAAUUUGAUUGGAUCUGGGAUGGUAUUGUUUGUAAAUGUGAUAUUAUAUAUCAAAUAAUGUAAAAAGCUGUGGAACAUUUGUACAAAAUUGUAUAGGUUGUAUUAUAGGAAAAGAUUGUAAAGAAUAAUAUGAUAGGAAAGAUCUUGUAGAAAGAUAGAGAAUUGUUUUUAAUGCUUGACUGAUCGUGCUGUAACAAUGUAACAUAAUUGAGAGGUGGAAAUCAGUGCAUUUUAAUUUUUGAUUGUGUUUCUUUCAAUAAAUUUGAUUGGUUUGAGACUUUAUUGCUUUGAGUAAUCGUAAACAAAGUUUUAAUUAACUGAAAGUGUGUUGUGGGUGUCAAUGUUGGAACUGUAGGCUGAUUCAUACAUUUUUCGCGUCAAGAGACUGAUUCAAUUUUUCAGCUAUAAAAAUUGACUUUUAGCCUCUCCUUAUAAUACGUAUUUGUCGAAUUAUUUAAAUAAAACUAAAAGAGUUUCCGACAAAAAUUCUAAAUUCCUCUGAUACCAUUGAUUCUCAUUUCAUAAUCCAAUGCAAGCUUCGAUUUAAAUAAUCAAAUUUUUAUUGUAUUUAGCCACUACCUCCGUAAACAGCCUCUGGUAGUGAUAUAGGUCAUUUACCAUACGGUAUUUUGAUUGAGAAAUUUCUAUAAUUGUUAUUUAGAUAAAUCACAGUUUUGGUAUGAUUACAGAGCUAACAAUCCAAUUAGAUAUGUAUCUACAUAACUUGAAGAAAAUUUUAUUUUUCUCAAUUAUUAUUCGUCAAUUCUAAUCUUUCACAAACUAGUGUAAUGUACAAUUUAGAAUCUGAGAGUUUUUUGUGUAGCCUAUUUUAUAUUGUGAUUAUCAUGUAACAAUAUCUGAUAAUUAGAACUAUCAUAAGCUGCAAUUGAGAGAAUUUAUUAUUGAUCUCCAAACAUUUCAAGACUACAAGAAAAGUCCCAAACCUACAAUUAUCUUUAUGAAACUAAAUUUUAGAAGAGACAGUUGUUGAUUCUUAGAUUUUUCUCAAAACAAUUAACUCACAAGAAAUGUCACAAUUUUUGUUAGUUUUGUAAUAUUAUUUAUUAUGAUGAUUAUGUUAUCGCUAAGUCUGUUAUUUAUUUUAUUACUGCUGUUUUAUUUUCAAAUCGUUUAUGUUUAGAACUGUGAUAAGUACUAUUGUCCAUGUGCCUUCCUUCCUAUUGCAUCACAAAAUAUACAAAUAUUGAGUCUGAUUUUGUUUUAUAUUUGUAACCCAAUGAUGACGACUAGAAAGUAUGGAAGUUUCAUCAACUAUCAUUGUUAUAAUAAUCAAUAAAUGGUCAAUUUUCUUAAAAA